AUGUCCAGGAUUCCUUCCCCCGAGGGACUCGUCGAGAUAUUCAUGAUCACGUCCAUGGGCUCCCGCGGCAUCGCGCAAGCUCACACGCCAGACUGGGCCCACUGGCUCAAAUACGUUCCCAUCAAACCCGCAACGCACCCGUCCAUGCCCGACACACAGCUCUGCUUCCCCGACAACUGUGCUCCGCUGGCGAAGAACUCGUACGUGAAUAUUCGACAGAUUCAUUCUAUUCACCUUGAGGCAUUGCGGCCUUAUCGACUGAGUGGUGGCGAUCCUCCUGUUCUCGGGAAAGCUUCGUUUAAGAGCUUGAAGAAGGUUUCUGGGUUUAUUGAUCUCUACGACUUGACUAGUUCGGAUUCGAAUACUUCGAAGAGGCUGAAGAGGUCUAAGAAUCGGGAUGUAGAGGCUUCUCUGCCGGAAUUUGAAGACUUGGAAGUCGAUCCCCAGGAGACUGUGCAGUCUGAUGGGGCUGGCCUGCUGUUGCUUGUACUUCUCGCGGUGGUCUUUCUUCAUCUGUAUAUCAAAUCAAAGGCAUAG